UCAAGGGGGACUACCUUGCCAACCUGCCCCUUCUUCUUCGAGCAUUUUGAACUUUGGUGGCGGGCGCCAUCGUUGAUUAUUAGCCUUGGUUUGCCCGGGAAGGCGCUGGCACGCCGCCGUGCUAGCCGAGCGCUUUCGGAACCCGGAAUCGCCGCUAAAGGGUUGAUGCAUUCUCUCUAGGAGGUACUAGUUCUCGCCUUGGGAGUGGAGUAGUAGAUAUGUAAAAUUGUUUUCCAAGAAGGGGGUUGCGGAAUUUUUGUUGGAGAAUUUCGCGGUGGGUUGCGGCGCUGUGAAGACGGAGCUGUCGUCGCUGGAUAGCGGGGAGGAACUAGUGUAUUCGAAGGGGUAUAGGGAUCCUCGUGGAGUAGUCUUUCUGAAGCCGUUGGGUGGGGUAUUUUUUGGGGUUUCGUGAACAGUGGGGAGGCGUAGAGGGAUAACCAGGGAGGGGAAGCGCUGAGAUUAUUCUGAGGAAUUUUUUUAGAGUGGUUCAAGAUGCCAGAGCUGCCGGAGGUGGAGGCAGCCAAAAGGCUGCUGGAUAGCCACUGUCUUGGGGCUACGAUUGUGAAGGCCGUUGUGGACAACGACACCAAAGUUAUCGAUGGAGUGACACCGGCCGCGCUCCAGGAAAGCCUGACAGGAAAAAAGAUUUUAAGCACCCACCGGAAGGGCAAGCACCUGUGGCUGAAACUCGAUUCUCCCCCGUGGCCCUCCUUCCAGUUCGGCAUGAGCGGCGCGGUCAUUAUCAAGGGCGUUAAGGGUCCACAGUACAGGAGCUCAAAGGUGGGCGACGAAGAAGAAGCAUUUCCGACGACUUACUCAAAAGUGCACUUGGUGCUGAGCACUGGAGUAGAAUUGGCAUUUACUGAUAAACGUCGCUUUGCCCGUGUGCGCCUUCUUGAAGAUCCUUCGAAGGUGCCCCCAAUAUCCGAACUGGGAUUCGAUGCCUAUCUUGAGCUUCCAUCUGCGGAACAGCUGAUCGAAGCAAUGAAGACCAAGAAAGGAUCCGUCAAAGCUCUUCUUCUUGAUCAGAGUUUCAUAGCAGGCAUAGGAAAUUGGGUGGGAGAUGAAGUAUUAUAUCAUGCGAAAAUUCACCCUGAGCAGUCUGCUAGUUCGUUAAAGGAGGAGGAAGUCACCAGAUUACACGCAUCCGUAAGGGAGGUUUUGGAAAAGGCGAUUUCCGUGGAUGCAGAUAGCGAGCAAUUUCCACGCAGUUGGCUAUACCACCAUCGUUGGGAUAAGAAGCCUGGAAUGAUUGAUGGAAACCAGAUUGAGACUAUAAGCAUUAGCGGAAGGUCGUCAGCAUUCGUUGCCAAUGUACAGAAGUAUACUGGACCCGAGUUGAAAGGUGCCAGGACGAGACAAGCUGUUGAAGAGGAGAUACCACAUGAUGACAGCGUGGCAGAACCUAUUGCCGGUGGUGGGAAUGUGGAGGAGGCUGCCGAUGCAACCGAGGAAGAGGCAACUGAAGAGAAAGUAGGCGUCACCGAAACACCUAAACGUGGCAGGGGUCGACCUCCGAAAAACAAAAAUGACAGCCCAGCGAAGAGCCCUGCAACCGAAAGUCCUGCGGCUCCUGGCUCGAAGAAGCGGGGCAGACCUCCAAAGCUGAAAACCUCCUCUGCUGCCAGUGAAGGAGAAGAGACCGGGAAGGAAAGUCCUAGUGAACCCAAACGAAGAGGCCGGCCUCCAAAGACAAAGACUGAUGGUUCCAAGGAAUCGGUUAGCAAGGCUUCCGAAGAGGAUGAUUCUGAGAAGAAGGAUCUAUCCAGUCCUAUUACUCCUAAACGGAGGGGUAGGCCCCCAAAGUCUAAGCCUGAAGCUGCAGAAGAGGUGGAGGUUGCGAAGAAGGGUAAGACGGAGGAAGGUGGUGCCACACCAAAGCGCCGAGGUCGUCCUCCCAAGGCCAAAGCUGAAUCUGAAGCUGAGGAUGGCUCAGGAGACGCCGAAACCGCCGCUACUACGCCGACGCCGAAGAAGAGAGGUCGUCCACCCAAAGCGAAGUCUGCUAGCUGACAAAUUCCACUUUUAGAUUUAGUUGUCUUAUGACUAGUUAGGUUGUCAUUUCAAAGUGGCUCUUUGCUGGUGAUGUGUACAUGUCUAUUUUACCGGUGCAUUGACUCUUCCAGCUCAAUUUUGUUGUAUUUGUUGUAUCACAUCCGUGGAGUGGUGGACAUUUGUUAUUUCACACAUUCGUAGAGUUUUAGAUGUUUAAUGUCAGUGGAAAGUUUAUCUGAUUGUUUCAACCCC